UUUUUACUAAAUUAUUUUAUCUGCUUUAAAAAAUAUUUAAACAAGUUUAAAAAAAUCUUUUUUCUUUAAAAAUAAUAAAAACAAAAAUAGAGUGAAACAAACUAAUGUAAAUAAUAUAAAAACAGCAACGUAUUUUAAAAAGUCUGGUGAAUGUUUGAAUAACCACACAAUCCUUUUUUGCCGGAUAAAAAAGCAUACAGUAUUAAAAUUCCAAGACUCAUACAAAUUUUAUAAAAAAAGUAACUAAAGAAAACCUCCAUCUUAUUCGAAGUUCUUAUAAAUAAAAGUUUAAAGUCCUUAAAAAUAGUAUAUUGUGCUCAGUUUUAUUUUUAUUAAAUAUUAAACAUAAGAUUUAACUCCUUCAGACUUUUAUAUGUAUAUAAAAAAAAUAUCAAAUUCGUUUUGGAAAAUCGAUAGUUAUCUCUCUUUUUUUUUUUUGAAGUGAAAAGUGAAUGUCAUCUUAGAAAGAAUUUCCUAAAAAUUAUGGUGCUUUUGGGUGUACUUGAAAAGCUCUAGACGAAAGUCAGACUCACCACAUACCAGUUGAUGGAAUAUCAUAGUUUUCCACCCUUUGAGAGGAUAAUUUAUUGUGUGUUCAUUUAGUUUAAAGAGAAAAAAGUACACAUUAAAAAUAAAUUAAUUUUGUCCAUUGAAAAAUUCAGUUACUAAUUUGUUUUGUUUAAUGCAUUCGUGUUGUUUUAAUAAAUUAAGGUUCCACAUGAGAAUAAGUUUGUCCUCGCAAUAAGUUGCCAUCAAUAAAAGAGUUAAAGUGUGAUGCAUCUGCAUUUUGAACGUAACGUUACUACAAAAUGCGAUUGCACAAUUUUGUCCUUGUCAUGGAUGGGAAAAGUACCUGAUGACAUACCGGAGGAUGAAGGAUGGAAACUAAACAGAACAAAUUAUUACCAAGAAGGUUGGCUGGCCACAGGAAAUAUACGCGGCAUUGUUGGGGUGACCUUCACAACGUCACACUGCAGAAAAAAUGUCGAAUAUCCCUUACGAACGAACUACAACCUGCGAGGACAUAGAUCGGAUGUUAUACUAGUGAAAUGGAACGAACCCUAUCAAAAGCUUGCAUCAUGUGACAGCUCAGGAAUUAUAUUUGUUUGGAUCAAGUACGAGGGUCGAUGGUCAAUAGAGUUGAUCAACGAUCGUAACACUCCAGUUACACAUUUCUCUUGGUCGCAUGAUGGUCGGAUGGCUUUGAUCUGCUAUCAAGAUGGCUUCGUUUUGGUGGGCUCGGUUGCAGGUCAGAGAUAUUGGUCAUCAAUGCUUAAUUUAGAGUCAACAAUUACAUGCGGGAUAUGGACACCAGAUGAUCAGCAAGUUUACUUCGGAACAACCCAAGGCCAGAUAAUAGUGAUGGACGUCCAUGGUGCAAUGGUGUCACAGGUUCAACUGUGCAAUGACGUUGGAAUAACGGCAAUGUCAUGGUCAUGUGAAAAAUUCAAAAUGGAGGAAGGUGAAGAAGCUGAACCGGGCGUAGUGAAUGCUUCCAAACGAACUUUCGUUUUGGCAGUUAGUUUUCAAAAUGGAUACAUUUAUUUGCUGAAAUCCUUUGAUGACGUGUCACCCGCUCAUAUCAAUACUGGUUUAAAUGGAUCUCUUGGGUUAGUAAUGGAAUGGAGCAAUUCUCGUGAACUGCUAGCUGUGGCCGGCACACACAAUUCCGAACAUACAACAGUCGAUACUCAGGGCUCACCGAUUUUUAUAAAUAUUUUGAAAUUUUAUACCGAGAGUGGAAAUCUUUUAUACACCACGAGAAUACCAAACACUGGAACCGCUGUUUCGGCACUUACUUGGGGUCACAAUGAUAAACGGUUAUUUAUUGCGACAGGGACCCAAGUUCACAUUGCUUGGGUCUCAAGGAGGGUUGCAUCCUUACAGUUAUUGUGCCGAUUACAAAUUCAAGCGAGCAUUGGUACUGAAUUGACAUUGCCACUAUUGCCUUUGCCAUCGAGGAUCAAAUCUUUGAUUGGGAAUCUGUUUGCUCAAACCAUACGGUGCUGCGUACCUGACCUGAAAUGCUUAAGAGAAUUUGUGGCACGGCCACCGAUUUGUUCAACAAGGCUGCAUUGUACUAUGAUCAGACACGAUGAUGAUACCAAUAUAAGCUCUGGAAAUUGUUAUACAUUAUAUCUGGAGUAUUUAGGAGGACUUGUGCCUUUACUCAAAGGAAAGAGAACUUCAAAAAUCCGACCGGAGUUCGUCAUUUUCGAUCCCCAAGUAGACGACUCUUCAAUGUACUCGCAUUAUUCUUCGGACACAAAAAGCUCAUCUGGUUCCGGUUCUCACCAGUCUGCAACAGGUUUUAGUGGACGAACUGAUUCGUCUGACAGUGAAUAUGAAGAACGCUUUAGAGGUUCCCCUCGAACUCCAAGAAAACGGAAAACACGAUCCAAAAAACGCAAUGUUAAUAUGUCUGAGACAAGAGUGAAUGGAGCUGAAUCCGAAACACUAGAUGAAUUGGCAUAUAUUGAUACCCUUCCAGAGGAAGUAAAGUUGGUGGAAGUAACUUCAAACAUUUGGGGAACUAAAUUCAAAAUUCAUGGACUUGCGAAAACCGUCCCAGCCAAUUUAGGCCAAGUAACAUACAAAACGUCCUUACUUCAUCUGCAACCACGACAGAUGACUUUGGUAAUAACAGAGCUCCGAGAUGAUUAUCCACCAGGUCCAGAUCCGACAUUCAAUCCAAAUGUAUUUUCUGAGGAUGAAGAUGAUUCAGCUACGGUAGAACCAAGCACAGAUGAUAAAAGCGAUGCAAAAUUUGUUGUCCCUCGUCGAAUAAAUGAUAACUCUCCGCCAAUCGCCCCUAUGACCCCGCGUCCAAAUCGCAUAGUUACAAAGCGUAGAAACUCUCGUCCAAGUACCACCAGCGUUGGAAUGAGUCCAUUAGCAAGAGCCGAAUCGUAUGAUGAUGACUCUUCGAAUGAGUCACUAGAUUCGGGUAGUAAUAAUUUAGCGAGCAAGAAUUUCAGCGCUCAACCCUCAGGGACAAACAAUACAAACAACAACAAGCACAUACGGCCCAAACAAAUUGACACAUCUUUCGGUAGUGUGAUAGCGGGGGGUCGUGCUGGAACAUCGUUUUCUGGCUUUAAAACCCAAAAUAAUCGACCAUCAUCCAAUAGUUCUUGUCAAUCGCGACACGCCAUAUCACCACUGUGCUGUGAGGGAUCUGUUCCGACCCUGCAAUCACCAAAAAACGCCGUCGCCCCCAGCGACAUAAUAUUUGAGAGACCACCAGCUUCUGGUCAAACAACUCUUAUGAGCUAUUCCAGCAACAAUGAUUAUUCAAACAAUGUUGCACAUGUAAAAAAUGCCUUAAUGCCCGAAAUGACACGUAGCCCCAAUUCGCACGUUAAUCCAGUUCCGCUCAAUUUAAAUCUGAAUUUGGAACGAAUUGACCCUAGAAUAAGAGAACGGUCCGUGACUUCUUCGAAGAAAAAAGAUCUUCUAUUUAUUGAUGAAGAUUCUCAAUCACCUGUAGCGGCAAGUGCGCCUGUGUCAACAGAAUUACGCAUGAAGAGGACUCCAACAGUUAUUUCGAUUGCUCCCGAGCUGCCUGAUUCUAUAACCAGAAGCUGUAGUGUUGGAUAUUUAGAUUCAGUGGAAAUAAUUCCAUCUGAUGAGGCUCUGUCCGCUUUGCGCAAAGAAGCUCCAAACAAACGUUUAAUUUUAGUUGAUAACAAGAAAACAACUCGCAGAAGAAAAAAUAACAAUGGGUAUUUCCGAAAGCCGAAACUUAACCAGUGUGGUAAAUCUAAGAGCUUGGAUUCGUGUAUUAUUCUUCCGUCACCAAAUGAGAAGAGCGGCACGAGAAAUGAUAAAACUACGCCAAAAUUCAAAGAUAUUUCAGAAGGUCAUCCUCUUAAUUUUAAUUCUGAAGAUAGCGAUAGAGGAAUUAAAUUCAAAGUUGAAGAAAAUUGUCUCGAAGAUAUUUACAGCGAUAGUAUGUUCGAAGAAGAAGACGAGAGUGUUAAGACAACAACAAAAAAUCCAAAAGCAAAUCGGCAGCUUUUUGACGCUUUUUGUCAACAACAACAACAACAAAACCGUAAAGGUGAUGCAAUCAAAAAGAAGACUGAAGUAUUAACCAGCUUUACGGAUAGCCCGCUUUUUACCAGAAAACAUCGCUUUGGUAAUCGAUUCUAUAGAAAUCAGAAAGAAAAUGAAACUGACUCGCCAUCGUUACGACGCAAGGCAGACAAUGGUUUUAAUUUUGUAAAACAACUAUCUGAAGUACGCUGGAAGCGAAAGGAAACGCAUAGUACGAGUAACAAUCAGACGGAAAAUUCUGCAAGUAGUAAUAAUACUCAAGUAGAAGCCACUCCAGUUGAGUCGAAAACAUCGGUGUCGUUACACACGCAGGCUCUAACCACCCUUGAGAAUAUAAUAAGCAGGCUUCGAGAUCUGGAUGAAGGAAGGCUUACACCACCAUCAUCACCUCAACGGCUACCGAGAAGUUCACCAGCGUCGCCAGCAGUUAGUAAAAAGGCUAAACGGUACCAGAGUUCUUCGCCAAUUAGAAAUAUUCUUAAUUCGCCACUGCUUAAUAGGCGCCAGCGGAAAAAACAGAUUAUAGAAAGCUCAGACGAUGAAAGCAACUUCACCAAUGCAUCGGGUGAGGAAAACGUGACUUAUAACAAACAAUAUCGUGACCUGGAAACAUUUCAAAAGGCACAAUUGCGACAAAAGGAUCUUCUUUUGCAGUUGAAACGUGGAAAAAUUGAGCCCAAUGGAAGUUCUGCCUGCUUUAGUCCUGCUCCAUUGCGUCGUGAAUUUGUUAUGCAUAACAAAGCGCCCAUGUGGAAUGAAAUGAGUCAAGUAUAUCAAUUGGAUUUUGGAGGACGUGUGACGCAGGAAUCUGCCAAAAACUUCCAGAUUGAGUUUCGAGGAAAACAGGUAAUGCAAUUCGGUCGGAUAGAUGGAAAUGCGUAUACCCUAGAUUUCCAAUAUCCAUUUUCUGCUGUCCAAGCUUUUGCUGUUGCUUUAGCAAAUGUAACGCAACGUUUGAAAUAAAUCCAUAACAAUUUAAGGUUUUAAGAGGAUAGUAAUGCAUAUUUUAUUUUAUUUUAGAAUAAGUUAACAUCUAGAAAGAAAAUUUUUAAUUUUUUCUAUUAAAUAAAUGCCCGUCCAUUCACAAAGUUAUCUUAAAAACAUAAUAAAUAAAUUUAAUAUCGAUAGUUAAAUAAUUUUUUUUAUAUUUAACGGGACAGGGUGAAUAAUUAUGAUAAGAAAUAAAUUAAAAGCAUAAAUUAAAUGUCGUGCAAUGUUAAGUUCUUUACAUACAAACAUUUUACACAAAAGGUAUAUUUGAUUUUUCGAUUUAUUGAAAUUUAAAUUUAAAUGUUAAUCUGUAUAUAGUUUUAUAAUAAAACAUAAUUAAACCUUUCUUAUUGUCAUUAUCAUUGUAUGUACUGUUUUACUAUAAAGUUUUUGUUUGUAAACUAUUCAAAAUGUGUUAAUUUAUUAUAAAAUUUUGUUAGAAACAAUUAAAUUAUGUAGGUAUUGUUAUUUUUUUAUGAUAAUAUUUAACUUUUUUUUUUAAAUACUGAUUAUGAUAAAUUUUAAAUAAAAGCUAUACAAAAAAUUGGAAAUAA